AUGUGCUCGAUAGCUAACUAUGCGACCCCUUCAGGCUCUCUACCAGAAGAACCCCACUUCGAUGCCCUUCCCACCCACCGCAACGCGACCGACCAUGCCUUGCUCGUCAAGAACAAGAGCAUGUCGAAUCUGCUCUCACACACCAUCUCCGCCCCACCGGUAAUAGACACCGCAAAGCGCAUGAGCUUCGAUGCAGGGCAACUCGACCGUAUGACAAGGUCGCCCAUUGUCCCCGAGCACGAGCAUGGCUUGGGAGCAUCUGGUCUCCGCCGCAUUCGCCAGCCGCCACCCAGGCAACUGCCCACCACCCAGCGCAGCACCUCGCUGAACAUCCGUACGUCGCCUGUGUCGCGGCAUCCCUCUGACGCCGCACCCUCCGCGCCAGGAUCCCCUACCUUUGCAUUUGGCGAAGAUCUCACACGGUUCCCCUCCGAAUCCCUACAUUCGUUCUCGUUUGCGACACAAUCAGAGGAGUUUAUACACAACCGGCAGAAUGUCUUAAAGCGCUCGAUAGACUUCAUGCGAGACAGGUUGGGAUGGGCAGCGACCAACCCAGGCAUUGCGAACGCGCAGGCGAAGCUCAGCGGGGAUCUGGAGGUGCAGAGCAUGAUGGAGCUGUUGCAAAGGGCGAAUCUAAUUGGACAGGAUGGCACUGGAGCACAUGGACUUGGAGCACUUGGCCCUGUUACAGGACCCGCAGACAUGUCUGGCGAGAACCUGUUCGACAAGAGCUUCGAGGUCAAGCGGUCUGAGAGCCCCGAAAGCAUGCUCGAGUCCUCGAGGCCGCCGGUGCAUCGAGCCACAACCGACGUCACAGAGACCACCAGGAGAAACGGUCAAGAAGUACUCAGCAGCUCGACAUCCGACCUAAACUCCGGCGCGCUCAGCCCUACGAUCACAAAUACCUCCCUCUCUCCGCAACGGCCCACACGUGCUGCUCUGAAGCGUACAUUCACUGAUGUUGCGCCGCUCACCAUACAAAGUCAGCUUCACGAUGCCUUGGCUAAGCCCUAUCUCGUGGGAGACCAAGUUCAAAGUAACUCAGUCAUAUCAUCAACAUCCAUUCCCUCUGUGCCGCCGAGCUUCCACAGCGUACAAGGGCCCCUGUCUGCAGGCUCUGCACCCCACGGUCACAGCACUCGACAUGCGGCAGCUGCGCAGGCUAUCUUUACAACCGAAGCACAAGCACCAUGGACAAUCACAUCAGCGAACGAUCUGGCAUGCUUGGUGUUUGGCGUGACAAGAGCUGAGGUCCGUAAACUGGGUAUCCUGGAAGUCGUUCGAGAGGAUCGACGGUCAUGGCUGGAGAGCAAGCUCAAGAAUCCAGAUGUAGGCUCCAAAGCGCAGGCAGCGCUGGCGCCAACAACCAAUAUCAAGGUUGGCAGUGGGCUAACGGCGAGACUGUUGAGCAAACCUUCAUCACGGUUGACAGCUGCGAGAAAGGCAAAGACAGAUGAUGGCAGUGGAUCGUCGUACUACAACGCCAAGAAGACAGGGAAGCUCAACCAUGAGUCGAAAGGGUCAAGAGGUGUAUUGCUUUGCGGUGAUGUGAUCCCAAUCCAGAAGCGUAACGGCGCAACUGGUGCAGCAAGCUUGUGGGUAAAAGAAAAGCGAGGUGGCUUGAUCUGGGUACUUGAAGAGACAGCUGAGGAUGUCGUGUAUAUCAACGUUGACGAAGUAGGUUGCGUUUCCAAGGGCUGGGGCGCGAUAGACGCCGUCUUUGGUAGCGACCGACUACGCAGAGGCAUGGACCUUACACGCUUAAUACCUGGCAUACCACGCCUCAAGGGCACGAACACUGGCGUUCUAGAUUACGACGAGAUUGCAAGUGUGCGUAGUUACACAGCGCGCACGUCGAACAGCAUCAACAUCCCGGUCACGGUCGAAGCAUUGCCUAACGAGCCCACCUUCCGCGUCUCCAGCUUCCCACACAUUGCUGGUAUCAUUGUGCUCUCUUCAUCCGAUCUCACAGUCACAAGCUCGAACUCCGUCUUCUCAGAAGCAUUGUUCGGACAGCCGCGGCCCGAGAGUCUGCAUGUAAGCAAAUUGAUACCUGCUUUCGACAAGAUCUUGCACGUCAUGACCGACGAAGAUGAGAUUGAACUGGUUGACGGCAUCGUUAUUCCAGAGCACAGCUUCCGCCGUGCACGAGCUCUGCUUGCCAUGCGCGAGGGCAACGCAGACGCAGCAGCUAUCUUCUUGAGGCCUAGCGGUCUGCCAGCUCUGCACCGCGAUGGGUCCGAGAUCAUGGUCGAUGUGCAAAUGAGGGUUGUAAAGAGCGAUAGAACACCUCGUUUCGACGAGCACGUGAUUGAAGAGGAGGGUGACUCAAAUGUUCACCGGAACAGACCAGAGCUGGUGUACGCUCUGUGGGUUACCUAUUCUAGGCAACUGCAUGCUGCGAACCAUGGAAUCGGUCCAGUCACACCACUCAUAUCGCGUCCAGGCACACCGCCCCAUCAACCAUCGCCCGGCCAAACUAAUCUGAUUAUUCCAGAGGAAACUGAGUCCGACCAGUCGAAAGCAAGCACACCACCCGAAACACCAGCCCACGCCAUGGCGCCACCCCCUGCACCAAUCAAAGAGGAACCAGCUCACAAGAAGACGAUCAACGACUUCAUCGUCCUCGAAGAGAUGGGUCAAGGCGCGUACGGGCAAGUUAAGCUCUGCCGGUACAAGAAGGACAGCAGCAAGAAGGUGGUCAUCAAAUACGUCACAAAGCGGCGCAUUCUUGUCGACACAUGGACUCGGGAUCGCAGACUCGGAACUGUACCUCUGGAGAUCCACGUCCUAGACUUUCUACGAAGAGACGGCUUCCAACACCCAAACAUCGUUGAGAUGGCCGACUUCUUCGAAGACGACGUCAACUACUACAUCGAGAUGGUACCACACGGUCUCCCCGGUAUGGAUCUCUUCGAUUACAUCGAGCUCCGCGUCAACAUGGAGGAGAAAGAGUGCCGCAAGAUCUUCGUCCAGGUCGCCGAGGCAGUGCAUUUCCUGCACAACAAAGCCAAAGUCGUGCAUCGCGACAUAAAGGACGAGAACGUGGUCUUGGACGGUGAGGGCAACAUCAAGCUCAUUGACUUCGGAAGCGCGGCGUACAUCAAGAGCGGGCCUUUCGACGUCUUCGUUGGCACUAUUGACUACGCCGCCCCUGAGGUACUCGCUGGUCGUCCGUACCGUGGCAAAGAGCAAGAUGUGUGGGCGCUCGGCAUCUUGCUUUACACCAUUAUCUACAAGGAAAAUCCAUUUUACUCCAUCGACGAAAUCACGGACCACGAUUUGCGCGUCCCGUGGGUCAUGAGCGAGGAGAGUAUCGAUUUGGUGAGGUUGAUGCUGGAUCGCGAUGUCGAGAAGAGGAUCACGAUUAGUCAGGUGCUGGAGCAUCCGUGGUGUGCGGGUGGGAACGGGGAUGCGGAUGGGAGCUUGAGGUGAAUAACGUUAGGUGAGAGGUGAACUGACAAGGAAGAGCAAGAGCCGGGAUUGGCACAGAAGAAGGCGCUUGAUGCCAACCUCGAGGCUCCGUGUGGACGCCGCCUGGCGUUUGACACGGUACGAUGAACGGCUUGGAUGAGUGGGAAUCUGCAUAUAGAGCGACGUGAUGAUGGGGGAAGUAUGUUUGGCAGGAUUGUUUUGCAUGAGCAACAUGUUUAUUGCUCCUCGGCACAUUGUUUCCCUUGAGCAGCGUUGACUUGCGCAUGCUAUUCUUUCGUUACAAGCGUAUAUCACGGACAUAUUAGGCAGGAAGCGGGACGGCAAGACGGAGGUGUGGAUAAAAUGAAUACCCAACAUAUUUGUAUCUUGAUGGCUUUGAAGCAUAUUCUGGUCGUCUCAAGCCUCAAGCAGCUCAGAUGAUCAAUUUGUGUCGCCGACAAGAACCUUGAGCAGAGUGCCGGUUACUUGGAUGCUGGGGUCGGGGUUGCCGUG